CGGCUCACGCUUGCUUGUCGGCCAGAUAUCAAUCGUGAACUACCUAGGCAACUUUAAACUCCAUCCCAUAACCUUCAACCGACAACAACACAACACACAAUCAUGGCUGACCGAUUCCCUUCGCUUGAGGAGUUUGACUCUGGCGGUAAGUUAUGCGCUCUUCAAUCCUCCUUCCAGCUCCCUAUACACCACCCUCAAUACUGAUGAGGAGCAGCACAAUCAACAGCACAAGACACACCAGGCUUCGAGAGCUCGGGCGGCGACGACUUCCUGAGCCGAGAGAAGGCACUCCUGGGCGAUGAUGCAAACCAAUUUUCCAAUGCUGCUUUCGUAGAGGAUGGGGACGACGAUCUUUUGGGUGGAGGAGGUGGAGGUGGGAACGAGGAGAUCGAAUUCGAGAGCUCCUUCCCAGCCAUCGACACACAAAACGAGGUACGUCUACCCCAGUCCGCGAAAGGUCUACUUCAAACUUUAUGCUGAUCAAGUUAUACAGGGUGUAGCAGCAGGCGGAACCAUCACCGGCACCAGCGCCCCCUUUCAAAGCUCCUAUUACCCACGCGUCGAAGACGAAGAGGAGCCCGAAAUGAUCAAACAAUGGCGUGAGCGACGAGAUCUGCAACUGCAGGCGCGCGAGGAGAAGUCAGAAGAGCGCAAGGCCGAGACCAUCAAGGCAGCCCAGGAGAACAUCGAUGAUUUCUACAACAACUACAACACCAAGAAGGAGAAGAUGUUGGCGCAGACCAAGCGCGAUGCCGAGGAGUUCUUAGCUAGCAGAGAGGAUACGAGUGCGGGCGGUACAAGCUGGGAGCGGAUUGCCAAGUUGGUCGAUUUGAGCGGAAAGGGUGCCAGAGGAGGUGCUAGUGGAACUGGAAAGGAGAAGUUCCGUGAGCUGUUGCUUAGUUUGAGAAAAGAUGAGAAGGCUCCGGGUGCUACUGGCAUCUAAAAUUGUCACUGUGAAUAUUUGGGAAACUGGCGGGCUUGUAAGAUCUGAGCGAAAUGGUUGGUUUGUAUUUCUCUAAGGCCUGCCUCUUCGGGUGGAUAUGGGCGGCGUUAAAAUACACGGCAGAAAUCACGAAUACUUUUGACUAACUAAUUCAUGAUGGAUUUUCUUUA